CUUGCGUUUAUUUAUUUAUUUUUUUUAAUGGGAGAAAAGGAAAAAUCCGAGAAGGAGUGAAAGCGGUAAGUGAGGAUGCCGAUCGGACAGAAUGGGAGGCCGGCCUGCCGGGAGAUCACCGGACCGACGCCGCAUUCUGUGGCACUGAGGGCAAAACUCCCGUCCACAAUACCGCACGACUUCCUCAUCCUGGACCGGCGGCGGCAAGAGACGGCCCUUGCCGAGGUGUCGGACUUCACUCGCUACCAAAAGUCCUGCGAGGUCCGGAACCAGUGGGAGAUCAGCACCGAGCGCCGCAUGGUGCACCGAACCACUGAGAGGCGGGUUCAGGAUGCAGUGAGGGAGCGCCUGGUCAGCCUGGAGGACCGCAGGGACAGAUUGCGGUCAUUGUUGGAGACUGAAGAGAAGGAGCUCCUGUCUGAAAUGGAGGUGCAGGAGGAGACGGCACUGGAGAGACAGGCUAAAAUGCGUGAGAGGGCGAGGCUGCUGAAGGAGAGACGGGAGAGCGAGAGAGAGAAGGAGGUCCUACUCAGACUGGAGCAGCUGUUCAGGGAGCAGAGCGAGGAGCUGCGGACUGCACAGGCACGCCAGCUUCAGCACGAGGUAUGUGCAGAGCGUGCCGCUCAGCUGCGCAGUCGGGAGGAGGAGCGCUUGCAGUGCCUGGAGGAGGAGCGGUUCUUCGCCCAGUUGUGGGAGGCUGAUCGGCAGGCGAAGGAGGAGCGGGCGGAGCUAGAAGGGCAGCAGCAACGCAGCAGCGCCCGGCAGCAGCGGGACAUCCUGUGCGCCCAGAUGGAGGCUGCUGAGCAGAGGAGGGUCCAGUCCCGGAAGCUGAAAGAGGAGCAGGCUCAGCUGCUGCGGGAGCGGCAGCAGCUGCAGCUCCUGGAGGAGCAGCGGGAGCGCGGCCGCAAAUGGCAGGAGCAACAGCGCGUGCGUGGGGAGCUGGACCGUGCGCUGAGGCUGAAGAUGAGGCGACUGGCACGGGAGCAGCAGGAGGAGCUGGCCCUGGACAUGCGCAUCCUAGAGGAGUUGCUGCAGGAGCACAAAGGCGAAAGCCACGAGCAGGAGCGCAGGAAGCAGCAGGAGCUGCAGCGGGAGCAGCAUAGCUACCGGCAGUACCUGGCUGAGCGGGCAGAGGAGCAGAGGCGCCUGGAGGCAGAGACGGAGCAGCUGAUGGAGGAGGAGCUGGAGCGCGCCUGGCAGCGCAGGAUGGAGCAGUACCGUGCGGGGCAGGAGGCUCGGAACCGCCUCAUGAAGGAGGUGAUGGACACCCGGCGCCAGCAGAUCCAGGAGAAACUCCAGGAGAACAUGGAGAAACAGGCUCAGCUGGAGCAGGAGAGGGAAGAUCUGAACAGAAACAUGCAGAAAUAUCAGCAGGAGGAAGAGCAGGAGAAGGAGAGCCUUAGACGGGCCCGUCAGGGGUAUAGAGCCGACCUACUCUCCCAGAUACAGCACCAGGGACAGAUCCGCCAGUCACAGCAGGCUGAGCUGGAACGUGAGAGCCAACAGCAGCUGGCCUUCCAGGAGCGGCACCAGGGCAGACUGCAGGAGAUUCUGACUCGGCCCACUUUCCACCCGCGGCCGAUCCACCCUUUUAGAAGGAUGGCGGAGAACGAGCCAGCCUGCACUGAGCUUUGAACUUCUUCACCCACGCACACCCUUAUUAUUACUGUAAUACGCUGCAAUUAAAUAUGAUACACAGGUUAUUAUAACGUAUGAAUAAUAAACUGGUUUGAAGUGUA